ACGAUGUGUUGACAAAAGUUACUAGUCGCGAUUUGAAAAGACAGUUAAAGUGUUGUCGCCGGAAUGUCGGAGUCAUUGAUUCGCUGGUGCGUGGAUCAGCUAAACCAUACAUUUGGAUUGGAGGCCAGCGAAGAUAUAGUACAGUACAUCCUAUCCAUUGAGAAUGCGGAAGAGAUCGCGGAGUACGUGGGAGACUUGGUUCAGGGCACGGAAGGGAAGAAGAAGGAGUUUAUAAAUGAACUGCUGGCCCGAUGGCAGCGAGCCCGACGCCCGGCCCCGGACAACGUCGGUCCUGUCCACCGGAAGGAGACACCUGCAGAGUUUCCAGAUAUGGCCAAGGACUCGUUGAAGAAGUCCAAACGCAAAGGCAGGAACAAGCAGGAGGUGAUGACCGUUAGUGAGCCAGAGCCUGGACCGGAAGAGGUCAAAACGCCUAUCGACCUGCUGAAGGCGCAGGAGAGCAGCAGCUGCUCUUCGGUGAAGAAGAAGAACAAGUUUGUGAAUCUUUAUGCAAAGGAAGGGCAGGACAGACUGGCUAUCCUGUUGCCAGGGCGACACACAUGUGAAUGCCUGGCGCAGAAGCACCGCCUCAUCAACAACUGCAUGACAUGCGGGCGAAUCGUCUGUGAGCAGGAGGGCUCGGGGCCCUGCCUCUUCUGUGGCAACCUGGUCUGCACCAAAGAGGAGCAGGAGAUUCUGCAGCGUGACUCCAACAAGAGCCAGAAACUGCGCAAGAAGCUGAUGGGUGACAGAGCCCUGCAGGCCGAUGCGCCAGAGAGGGAUUGCCUGCCUUCUCGGGAGGCUCGAAUGAAGGCGGGUUUGGAGAAAGCCAUACAGCACAAGGACAAGCUGCUGGAGUUUGACAAGAACAGUGUGCGGAGGACGCAGGUGCUUGAUGACGAGUCAGACUACUUUGCCACGGACUCAAAUCAGUGGCUGUCGCAGGCAGAGAGGGAGGCCCUGCGGAAGCGGGAGGAGGAGCUUCGGGAGCUGCGCCACGCUUCCCGCAAGGACAGGAAGAUCACACUGGACUUUGCUGGCAGACAGGUGCUGGAGGAGAGUGACAACCUGAGCCAGUACUACAGCAAGUUUGACGAGGCUGUCCAUGCCAUCAACACAGGGACUCUGGUCAACACACCCCAGCGCCCUGUGCCUGGGGGUCAGCAGCCCCCACGAGAUCUGGUGAACCCCAACAUUGUGCAGGCUGCACCAAAGUGGGUAGAUGUGGGAAGCCACGAGGAUCACAGGAAGCCCCAGGGUAGGGGCGUGGGUGAUGAGGUGGGGCUGGAGCGCGCCCGAUUGCGCCUGCAGGACCGGGAGCUGCAGGAGAUGGCAGAUGGGGGCUGGUGCCUCAGCAUGCACCAGCCCUGGGCGUCACUGCUGGUCAAGGGCAUCAAACGGGUGGAGGGCAGGUCCUGGUACACAUCUCACAGGGGUCGUCUGUGGAUCGCCGCUGCCGCCAAGAGACCCACCCCCCAGGAGAUCUCCCAGGUGGAGAGCAUGUACCGCCAGCUCUACAAGACAGUGCCCCAGUUUCCUACAGAGUACCCCACAGGCUGCCUGUUGGGCUGUGUCAACAUGACUGACUGUCUGUCCCAGGAGCAGUUCAGAGAGCAGCACCCUGAGGUUUGUGAGGAGUCCAGUUCUCCCUUUGUCUUCAUAUGCUCGCACCCUCAGGAGCUGCUGGUCAAAUUCCCCAUGAAGGGGAAGCACAAAAUUUGGAAGCUGGACAGUCAGCAUCACCAAGCUGCCAGGAAGGGUCUGAUGAAGCUGACGGCUGCAGUGUUUGCCUGAGCCCCAGCCAUGGGGUAGACUUGCCUGUAUGGGAUAUUCAGUUAUAUCAUGGCAGUA